UCACGUGAUCUGUCAAAAUUGCUAACCUCACACUUGACAUAUCUGAAAUUGAGGUUAUAGAAAAUUUUUUUGAACAUGUUGCCCCCUUCUAGCGGUAUCGGCCAGUUUGCCGCAACGUCGGCCAAAGUAAUACGAUUUGUACGAGCAGGAUGUACCAAUCGUCCGUUUUAUCACAUUGUUGUGGCAGAGCGCCGGAGGGAACAGUUUGAGCCCGUUAUAGAACAAGUGGGGUCCUAUGAUCCUAUGCCAAAUGCAAAUAAUGAAAAACUGGUGUCUCUUAAUUUAGAACGCAUUAGUUACUGGAUUGGAAACGGGGCAGGGUGUUCAGGUCCCGUUGAAGAAUUAUUAGGAUUGGCCGGUUAUUUCCCAAUUCAUCCGCGAAGUUACAUGACAGCUUGGAGGAACAGAAGGAAAGCGGACGAAGAAGCAGCUGCUAAAGAAAAAGCUGAUGAUAGUAAUGAAGAAAAGUCAGAGACAAGUAGUUCUGUUUAGCGUAGUUAUUACUCUGUUUAGAAAUAAAUAAAUAAAACACGA